AGGAAAAAAAAUGUUAAGAGGACGCUCCCUCUACUAACUCAAUACUAAAGUGUUGAGUAGAGUACACUUGAUGCCGAUCGGUUAAAUUAUUUUUUGCUUUGCGCGUAAACUGUCUAUGUAGAGAAAAAAUUUUAAGUUUUGUGACUGCAAAUUUUUAUAAUAAUUGUUCUAAUUACCCUAAAUCAGGGUAAAAUGCGAACAAUUGGCCUGAUCUUCUUGUGCGGUCUGACUUGUGCGACCUUGGAAAAAUCACCCCACAUUGUUUUCAUCAUUGCGGAUGACUUGGGAUGGUACGACGUAGGUUUCCACGGCUCGGGAGAAAUAAAAACGCCUAAUAUAGACGCCCUGGCUUACACAGGAGUAAUUCUCGACAGAUACUACGUAGCUCCAAUAUGUACUCCCUCCCGAAGUGCGCUAAUGACUGGAAAAUAUCCAAUUCACACUGGAAUGCAGCACGGAGUAAUCAUGGCAGCCGAGCCGUGGGGACUGUCUUUGACGGAAAAAAUUCUCCCGGAAUACCUUAAAGACCUUGGGUAUAAAAAUCAUAUUGUUGGUAAAUGGCACUUGGGUCAUUACAUGAGAAAUUAUACGCCGACGUAUCGUGGCUUCGAAAGUCAUCUCGGUUAUUGGACUGGUCAUCAAGAUUACUUUGAUCACACAGCCGUUGAAUGGCCUGACUGGGGCCUGGACAUGCGAAGAAAUUUGGAGCCGGCUUGGGAUUUGCACGGCAAGUACUCAACAGACCUUUUCACCGAGGAGGCUGUCAGAAUAAUUAACAAUCACAAUCAAAGUGAUCCGUUAUUUUUGUACCUUGCACAUGCGGCAGUGCACUCCGCAAAUCCGUACAAUCCUCUCCCGGCACCUGAUCAGGAAGUCGCUAAAUUUCAGCACAUCAAAGACUACAAACGCAGAAGAUUCGCGGCGAUGCUAAGUAAAUUGGAUGACUCUGUCGGUGCGGUUGUUUCCGCUUUGAAGAAACAGUCCAUGUUGCAAGAUACCGUUAUUGUCUUCACGACAGACAAUGGGGGUCCUGCUGCGGGGUUCAAUGAUAAUUCUGCCUCUAAUUUUCCGCUUCGUGGCGUUAAAAAUACUUAUUGGGAAGGUGGAGUUCGAGGUACAGGAUUAAUAUGGUCAAAAAAAUUAUCAGAACCCGGAAGAGUGUCCCGCGAACUGAUGGACAUCACAGACUGGCUACCAACAUUAUUAACAGUAGCAGGUGGUAAUAAUUCAAUUCUACCCACAGCUAUUGAUGGUAUUGACAUGUGGGAGUCAUUGAAUAAUAAAGGACCGUCACAGAGGCGAGUCGUUGUUCACAAUAUCGACGACAUAUACGGCGCAGCAGCGAUAACUGUUGACGACUGGAAGCUAGUGAAAGGUACGACUUACCGCGGAACUUGGGACGACUGGUAUGGAUCCUCCAGCUGGGACGUACCUUACAAUACCACCGAGGUUAUAGAGAGUUCCGCAGGCUCUGCUGUUACCGAUCUGGGACUUCCACUUAUUCUUAAUCUAAUUAUCAACUUACGAGAAGAGUCCCGAGUCCAGUGCGGUAAGAAGAAUACCACGCUGGCUAAAUGUCGACCUCUUGUCAAGCCUUGUCUUUUUAAUAUCCGAAGCGAUCCUUGCGAGUUCAAUAACCUCGCGGAAGCGGAUAAUGAAAUGCUUGUUAAUUUAAUGGAUGUAUUGAACAAAGUUAAUAAAACUGCAGUGCCACCGAAAAAAGUUGAUUCUGAUCCGAGGUCAAAACCUUCGCUUUGGGAUCACACUUGGACCAAUUUUGGUGACUAUACUUCGUGAUUAUUUCUUCAGGGAAUUUUGUCGUCUGUAAGUACUUUGCCGCAUCUGAAAGAUAAAUUAUAUUUUAGUUAAAAAUUAAUAAAAAAAAUAGUAAACUUAA